CUCCUCCCCUUUUGUCCUCAGAUGAGCUUUAUCUCCCACCCAUGAGAAAGAUUGACAGUAUCCUCAACGAACAGAAACGAAGGCUGUUGAGAAGGGUCAACAUGAGUGUCCAGCAUCAGGAGGCACUGCACAUGUUCCCUCAAAUGACAGCAGACCCCCGAGACUCUGGAGCGGUUAAAGUGCACCUGGGUGGUGAGAGUUACAACCGCAAAACCCUCAACAGAGUCAAAAGGAGCCUUCCCAAACAGCAGGCAUGUUGUAUACACAAUUGUUUCUCACUUACAUAAUUAAGCCGUCCAAUAAGAAGUAUUUGGGCAUUU